CUAGUCGUUCAUCUGUAAAAAACACAAUAAAGGACACCGUACAAAUGUUCAGAAUUUCAAAAUAUAUUCUGCACGAAAAUUUCAACAAGUUUACUUUUGAAAAUGACAUUGCCCUGUUGAAAGUGGGUGAAAGAUUAUUCCCAAGAUCUACUGUUCCUUUCGUCAAUAUAAAGGAGAUAACGUUUAAUGCUGCUGUGCGACCGGUUUGCCUUCCCUGUACACAGAAGUGUGUGACAAGUAGUCACAUCGGUUACAAUUUUAAGAGUGGGUGGGACAUGGAAAAAAAAUGUGAAGCAGAAGGUGAAUUCCUCGUUAAGCCAGGGAUCAAAAUUGUUUUGACCGGGUUUGGAACAAAUGAAACCGAUUACGAUAUUGGAAGUUUUCCAGAUCGUCUUCAACAUGUUGUUUUGGAAUUGGGUGAUAAAAACAGUUGCCAAAAAGGAUUAAACGACAUCAAUUUCUUUUAUAAAGUUGAUUCGUUCGAAUUGUAUAGUUCAACCUUCUGUACCGUUUCACCAGUACCACAUAAAGUAAUGACAGGUUGCAAAGGAGAUGGUGGGGGACCUGUCGUGAGGAAGAUAACUCAACAAGAUGGCAGCGUUUGCUGGGUUCAAGUUGGCAUCAGCAGUUUUGGAGCUCAAUGUGAUGGAAAGACACCUGAAUUCUUCACAAAAGUUGCGAGUCAUACAAACUGGAUAGAAGAAGCAAUGAAGAAUAAUUAACCCAGAAAUUUUUAUUGGGAUCUUGCGAGAAUCCGUCAAAACAAUAGUUCCAUAUUUUUUGUAUCGCUAGAUCUGUCACAGAAAAAAGGAAAAGGAGCAAGAAUACCGUAUCUCAUUUCAUAUGAUACGAUUAUUUCAUGUAUA